AUGGAUAGUUUCCUCCAAGGAAAUUCGGCAGAGUAUCUGGAUGAUAUGUAUACUGCAUGGAGGAAAAACCCCUCCUCGGUUGAUGGUUCAUGGAAGAUAUACUUUGAAACGAUUUUAAAAGGAGAACAAGCAUCAGAAAAUAUCUUCUUCCCGUCAGAGGAAGCAAUUCCCGGACAGACUUCGGGGCCAUCAUCGAUGCUUCCGGGCUUGAACAUGGCGACUCAGGCACCAUCCAUGCCAUCUGCUUUGAAUGACCACCAAGCUCAAAUACAGAGAUUAGUUCGUGCCUAUCAGGACCACGGUCAUUUGAAAGCAAAAACGAACCCUUUAGAUCUUCCCACUAAAGUACCUGUGUCGCCACCAGAGCUUCAGCUAAGCUUUCAUGGCUUCACCGAGGCAGAUCUGGAUCGAAGGUUUGCACUUGGUCCUUAUGUUCUACCCCAAUUUAUUUCAAAGAUGGGUCAAUCUAUGACUCUUUGUGAGAUUAUCCAAGCCUGUGAAGCUGUCUAUUGUGGUUCGAUUGGAUCCGAGUUUUCGCAUCUUGCUACCCAAGAGGAACGUGAAUGGGUUCGCCAGGCUAUUGAACGCCCUGAGCCAUACCAAUUCUCGGCCGAGGAGAAAAAAAGAAUCCUCGAUCGAUUGAUCUGGUCAACAUACUUUGAGAAGUUUCUUGCAGCCAAGUUUCCUACAGCCAAGCGCUUCGGACUUGAGGGCGUUGAGAGUCAGCUCCCUGCCGUUAAAGCCAUUAUAGAUGCCUGCGCCGAUCAUGGAGUGAAAAAUAUCAUUUUUCCAUGUUGCCAUCGUGGAAAACUCAAUAUGUUAAGCAAUGUCACUCGCAAACCAAAUGAUCUCAUUUACAGCGAAUUCUUGGGUGAAUCGACGGCUCCAAAUGGAAUUGCGGGAGAUGUCAAGUAUCAUCUGGGAAUGAAUCACGAGCGCGAGACACCUUCUGGCAAAAAAUUGAAUAUCUCUAUUUUGCCAAUGCCUUCUCAUUUGGAGGCUCAGAAUCCACUUGCUCAGGGGAUGGCGCGAGCUUUGCAGCAACAGAAUGGCGAGGAUCGGAAAUCCACCAUGGUAUUCAACAGUCAUACGGAUGCUUCAUUCUCUGGACAAGGGGUGGUUUAUGAGACACUGGGACUCUCUGGGUUGAAAUCGUAUGAGACUGGCGGAACCAUCCACCUGAUCAUCAAUAAUCAAGUCGGAUUCACUACAGAUCCAGAAUCAGCUCGGACGUCGUCUUAUGUAUCUGACAUUGCCAAAAGUAUCAAUGCGCCCAUAUUUCAUGUCAACGCAGAUGACGUCGAAGCUGCUGUUUUCGCAUCCAAGUUGGCAGCCGACUAUCGCGCCAAGUUCGGUAAAGACUGUUGGGUCGAUCUAGUCUGUUACCGAAAGAAUGGUCACAACGAGAUGGACCAGCCGUUCUUUACUCAGCCGUUGAUGUAUGAGCAGAUUUCUAGGAUGACUACCCAAUUGGAGCUUUACACAGAGAAAUUGCUUCGGGAAGGGAUUGUUUCUCACGAAGAGAUUGAAACGACUAAAGGGAAUGUGUGGAGCAAGAUGAGCGAGAGCCUCGCAAACAGCAAAAAAGCCCAGCAUCUUGAUCGAGAAUAUAUCACAGCUCAAUGGGAAGAUAUGAAACGCCCAGAAGAGGUUUCUCAAGAAGUGUAUUCGGCGCAGCCAACGGCAAUCACUGCCAACGUCGUUAGCAUGAUUGCAAGCAAGAUUGGUGUCCCGAAAAAACCUUUCACUGUGCACAAAAGCCUGAGCAGAAUUCUUCAAAGACGACAGGAGACUUUGAUAGAAGGAAAUGAAAUUGACUGGGCAACAGCAGAAGCUUUGGCAAUGGGCAGUCUGUGUCUGGAAGGCCAUCAUGUUCGAGUUUCAGGCCAGGAUGUCGAGCGUGGCACAUUCUCGCAGCGUCACGCAGUGCUACAUGAUCAAAACACAGGAUCUAAACUUACUCCGCUGGACUCACUAAGUCCCAAUCAAGCUCGAUUUACCAUUGGAAACUCAUCGCUGAGUGAAUAUGGUGUCAUGGGAUUCGAUUACGGGUAUUCCACCAUGCAUCCUAAUGCAUUAGUGAUGUGGGAAGCUCAAUUUGGCGAUUUUGCAAAUAACGCCCAGUGCGUAAUUGAUCAGUUUAUUGCCUCUGCUGAGAGCAAGUGGUUGCUCAGAUCUGGUUUAGUGCUGUCGCUACCUCAUGGGUUUGAUGGACAAGGCUCUGAACAUUCCUCGGCCCGCAUGGAGCGGUUCCUGCAGCUGUGCAAUGAAGACGGUCGCUUCUUCCCAUCGCCAGCAAAGCUUGAGAGACAGCAUCAAGAUGUCAACAUGCAGAUUGUGUACAUGACCACACCUGCAAACCUGUUCCAUGCUCUACGACGUCAACUGCAUCGCGAGUUCAGAAAACCUCUUGUUAUUUUCUUCUCAAAAUCACUCCUUCGCCACCCUAUGGCAAGAUCAAAUAUCAAAGACUUCACCGGAGACUCUAGCUUCAAGCCGAUGAUCCCCGAUCUAGCCCACGGAAAUACAAUCGCCAGACCCGCUGAUAUCAAACGAGUCAUAUACUGCUCAGGUCAGGUCUAUGUAACUCUGGAUAAGUACCGCGAGACCUACAACAUCAAAGACACGGCAAUCACACGUAUUGAGCAGCUACAUCCUUUCCCUUGGGAGCAGGUAAAAGAUAAUUUAGCCGAGUAUCCCAAUGCAUUGGAUGUAGUCUGGUGCCAAGAAGAAUCUCUCAAUGAUGGUCCAUGGGCGUUUGCUCGCACUCGGCUAGAGACCAUAUUUGAUACAGCCGAGCAGCACCGGGGUCGUCGUUUACGCUUCGCGGGGCGCGAGGCUACAGCAAGUGUUGCGACUGGAUUCUUGAAGCAGCACAUUUCACAAGAAGCUGCUUUGGUUAGAGAUGCAUUCCAGCAUAGUUGA